GGUAGACCUGCAGAAAUGACUUGGAGCUCGUUUAGCUUUAGCUGUACUGAUGUUGUAUGGUCUUUUCUGGCUUUAUGUUUCCUUGUCGCUUUUUGUGCUCACAAAAUCUCAACAUAUUUGCCGAGAAAAUGGGACACAGGCCGUCUUUACUUGUUAUUUCAGGACCUUAUUCGAUACGGAAAAACAAAACAAACUCUCAAACGAGACAACUGGCUGCGUGCGUUUGACGUCCCUAAAAGGUGGUUUUCGCAUUUCUAUGCCAUCUCUGUUGGCUGGAACGGUCUUCUUCUGGCAAUCUACCUACACUUUAUAUAUCACCAUCAGUCAUUCCCAUCAUGGCUGACUGGAAUAUUAGACAUUUUGACAGGUGUACCGAGCACCGACAGUCAAGUCCCACAGCUGUCCACUGUGCUGGUGCAGCUGCUGCUCUGCGUCCACUCCCUGAGGAGGCUGCUGGAGUGCCUGUUCGUCAGUGUUUUCUCUGAUGGAGCCUUACAUUUAGUGCAGUAUGUGUUUGGUGUGUGCUAUUACAUCGUACUUGGGCUGACGGUGCUCUGCUCGGAUCACCUGGGAAAAGGGUCUGGAUCCCUCCUCUCUCAGCUGGACUGGUUUCAUGUGGCUGGAAGUGUACUUUUCAUUUGGGCCUCUCUGAUGCAACAUCAGUCCAUAGUCCUGCUGGCGGGGCUUCGCACUGGAAAGUCAGGAACGGUGGAGACGCUGGCUCACAGACUGCCAGAGGGAGGCUGGUUCGAGCUGGUGUCUUGCCCGCAUUACUUUGCUGAGCUGUUGAUCUACGUCUCUCUGAGCUUGAUCUUUGGAGGCCUGUCUCUUACCUGGUGGCUUGUCGUCCUUUAUGUGCUCUUCAAUCAAGCACUGGCAGCACAGCUUUGUCAUGAACAUUAUAUUAGCAAAUAUGAUUCAUACCCAAAGCAUAGAAAAGCAUUUAUACCUUUCGUGCUGUGAAGACUUAUCAUUGGUGUGAUCUUUCUUGCUUUCCUUUUCUGGGAAUUGUUAAGUCCUAUAGAAAUAUCGGAGACACUGAAGGUGUGGGAGUGAAACUCACCUCCCUCUCAGCAUUGACUGACAAUGUGCUCUCUCAAGCUGCUCAUAGCCAACACGAGAACAAUGAAGGAAGUUGACAGGAGCUGUCAAGUGUGAAUGUGAGGCAUGGUACUGCUGCAUAAACAUUUCCCACAGAUACAGUCCCUCCAGUUGAACUGUUUCUCCGAGACUGAUGUGAUUACAAAUGUCGCAAAUCACCUUUAUUACAAGACUUUGUCUUUUUACAUGAUACAUUGUUAUCUUAAACAUAUUACAAAGUAAUUGAUUGAUGUAAAUGAACCUGAACUGGUUAUGAUGACUGUAAUUGUAAAUGUGUACAUAGCCUAUGCAUUUUUGAUUGAAAUAUGUUUAUUAAAAUAAUCACUACAGAUUAUUCAGACUUGUAAA